AUGCCGACGAAAACUCGCAUGAAGCCAAAAAGUAGGCCCAAGGGCUAUGCAUCCCAUCCCUCAGCAGUAACGCUGCCAAAGUGGCCCCUUCUUCAACCUUCACUGCCCGUCGAAGCUCUGUCUUUGGAGACGCUACUCGAAAAUCAAAUCAUUGUCAUCCGAGAUUUCUUCUCUUUCAACCUAUGUAAAAACUAUGUUUCUUUCUUGUCCACUCUUCCUCUCCUGACUACGCCCGCAAAGCCCAAAGAUGGCAAUGCAUUACGGGUCAAUGACCGCAUUGAGUUCAGCGAUUUCGACUUUGCGCAGCAGCUUUGGAAUGUCACCGGCCUCUCAACCCUACUCAGAGGCUCUCCCGAGGCCCAUGAUCAUCGUGGGCGAGCUGCUCGUGACCUGUGGGGAGGGACAAUCUGUGGCUUGAAUCCUCGUAUUAGAAUCUACAGGUAUAGAGAAGGCCAAUUCUUCGCUCAACACUAUUGCCAGGAGUCACUGCCCCAAGAACAUACAACUGCCACCGGUCCUGCUCUCUCGUCGAGAUUGAGGCUUUCGGUCAAGAAUUACAUAUCUAAAAUGGUCAUUGAGCUCCAGUGA